AUGGUAUCGAUUUUGCAUCGUCUAAGCAGAUACAUAUAUUUAAAGGCCUUUUCACCGACAAAAACAUUGGCCGACGAAUGCAUGGCUUGCCCCAACACUAAAUUGGCAUUUUUCCUUGCCUAUUUGCAUUCAAACAAUAGCUAUGAAAAGCACCUAAUUCUUUAUCAAAUGCUUGCAGAGCUUGAUACGCCAGGGAUGAAACACAAGCUAAAUCCGUAUCUUAAGACAUUUCCCGGCGAAAUGCUCUUGAAUCCAAAAAAAUACCAUUGGCCUCCUUCUUUCUUUUGUAGCUUCUUUUUUUCUUUCUCCAAAUACCGGGUUAAAAUAGGAUCGGAAAUACCGACGCUUGCCGAUAUCAUUAUACGGUCUGAGAGGGCAUUUAAUAUUUCAUUGCCUGCUGAAUGCUAUCGAUGGGCCAUUGUGCAGUCGUCAUCUUCAAGAGACCGCGAGGCGAUGAUUGGAGUGUAUGCCAGGGCGAAAUCUAAAUUUCUUUAUAGCGAUGAUCCACACAUCAAAGCACUGCUCGAAACAAUUACGCGGCAUUUUGCUCUCGAAAGGGACAUUGGUGUUUUGCAGCUUUUUUAUGACGAGGUCAGUGAAUGUGGCGUGGACGAACGAUCGUCUACUUUUAUUUCAUCGAUGAUAAUCUCAUUGGUUGGCGUCUUUUGCAGGAUGCUUCUUUUCCCCCAGCUGCUUGGGAUCUUGUUGUCACUGAAGGCGCACAAGUCUGCUGUAUUGAAAGAGGCCCUUUUCGUGGUUGCCGACAAUUUUGGAUGUUGGAAGCUGUACCAUAGAAAUAUUGACUUUGUACUUUUCCUGUUAUCUUUAUGCGGCGAUGCAUUCAGAUCCGAUUUUAUUAUCAGGCUCCCAAUGCGGUCGCUGGUUGGCAUUUCCGACUGGAAUAUAAUUCCCUUGCUUCAGGAUCUUUAUUCCCAAAGCGAUGAACUGUUCAUUGACAAGAAAUUUGCCAACAACGUGAUAGAGGCUGCCUUUUUCAACCCAUCAACUGUGCGUAGGCUCUUUCCACGCAUCUUUGACAUUGGCCUUAGCAAAUUGAUAAUAAGGACAAAAUUGCUACUUUUGCCUUCAUCGUCAUCUUCCUCCUCAUUUUGUAAAUACUACUGGAACUUUAUUUAUGAAGCAACUAGGAAUUCUCUGCUUUUACCUAUCUUUUAUUACUAUCACUUUUCAUGGGGCCAUGGGCAAGACGAUCUUAGCGUCGGAAUGAUCCUCUCGCUUUUCAAGUGUGUCCCCCUGCUGGAUGGCCGUUCUCGGGUAAAUGAGGCUCUGUUGCAGCUAUUUUUAGGCUUGGGCGAAGACCAGCGUUUGUUCAAAUCUCCGUGGACCUCGCCACGGCUGUUCCCAAUUGCCGCAUCAGUUCUUAUCUUAGAUCACAGGUGGAGUCUCUUGGCUGUUUUCUUUGAAUCAAUUUUAUCGAUCAGAGCACUAAAUUCAUCCACCUUUUCCAUAAUAGACGUUCAUGCUGGGAUGAAAAGCUCACACCAUCCUAAUCCAAAAUCGAGCAUUUUGACCAAUGAGAGCAAUCGGUGCAUUUGGUCGAUAUUUAGGCUACACGCGGACGAUAUUUUGUCGACAUGCUUCUCAUCGCCAAUGAAAUUGUUGCCCGAAUCGAUGAGCAUUGUGGAUGCCCUUUCCAAUAGCCUUGAGGGCACUCCCGAGAAGUACCUUUCCGAAAUAAGAAUGUGGUGCUCAGAAAGGCACAUCUCUCGCAUUGGAGAGCUGAGGGCUUAUAUUAAACACAGGGGAGCUCUUCCCACCGGACUUGAUGUCAUCUCAGAGACAUCGAUGCUUGCAAUCAUCCACAUUCCCAACCUAUUUAUUCAAAUUAGAGAAAUGCUACUAGAAAUGGUUUUGCAACCAGGCGAAAUUCAAUAA